UUCCUCUUUUACUCGAUACAGUACUUACCGCGCGUGAUUCCACUAAAUGUUGGAGGAUACAAUUUUGUAACCACGCUGUCAACGCUCACCAAGAACAAAGACUCAAUGCUGGCGGCUAUGUUCAGCGGAAGACACACCCUGGAUACUGAUAGUGAGGGGCGAUACUUUAUUGACCGCGAUGGGACGUAUUUCAAGUACAUUCUAAAUUUUCUUAGAGACAGAAACCAGCUGCCUUCGGCUGAUGUUGCGCUUGAGGUAAGGAUCACAUUUGCAUGCUUUUCGUCAUGAAUAUAGAGACUAUAAUUGAAAUAUUAGGGGAAAAUAAAAACAAAGAACAAGACGAGAAAUCACAGCUGAUUUAAGAAUCUUCUGUAAAGAUUUUUAGACACAGAGAAGAGAGGGAAAGAUAAGGAGAUCGAGAGGCUGUUAACCUGCGAGCAGGUUCAAUUGUGCGAGUUCGGGGCAGAUUUUGGCGGCGCAGACGCCAGUGGGUGACGAAAAGUGACUUCACCCACCCACCUUCACUCCACCCACCUCCACCUCCAAAGCCAGGGAAAAGCGCCCUGGGGACGAGGUUAGGUAUCUGCGUCUCUUCCCACAAAGCACGGCAUGACUCGCAUUCAAUCAUCUUCCCCUGCCGAAAAUCAUUUAAACGAGGAUUGGGGACGAUUCCGCUUAUUCACUUUAAUGACUGCUGUCGUUUGCCCCGUGACCCGAGGAUGGUGUGGUUGACAUUUCAGCUUUUCUUCUUUACCUUCCCAGGUAUAUAAAGAAGCACAGUUCUACCAAAUAGAAGAUCUAGUACAAAUACUUGAACGGUUCUCUGUCGUAUUCUCAAACAAGUUGGAAAACGCGCGCAAAAUGAAACUCGGGAACGACUUCUCCAAAUGGCAGCAAGACAUCAUUGCCCAGGCGCAGAAAAAUAGCCUACAGAACCUCGCCUCCACGAGUAAGGUGAGCCUGUUGUCACUCGAGGAUCACAAGAAAAUUAAAGAACGCGGAGAAUGCGUGGGUCCACAUGCGCACAAUCUGGUGGUAUCCAAAUCGGCUAAACAGGGUUUAGUACACCAUCAGGAAACAUUUGAGUACGUACAGAGAAGGUUUAAAGAGACAGAUCUAGUCGUUUGCUUUCUGAACAACACGGAAAUGAAAUUGUUUGUUGGCAUCACCGAGGCGGACUUGAAGAACAAUGGUUACUGCUGCACUUUCCGCGAAGAGAAAAUACGCUGCAAGAAUUUUAAAGUUCAUUAUGGAAUAGGCAAAGAAGAGUGCCGCUUUAAUGUCACGGAGCACAUAGUGGAGUUUGAAUGGUAA